CAACUGCCGGUUCUCGGCAGUACUUUCCUCACGAUCUGACAGCGUGAGGAAAGUGCAGCCGAGAACCGGCACUUGCAUUUCCCUCUGAUCAGCGUGUCUUUGGACACCGCUGAUCAGGUGCACUGAUGAUCAGUGCCCUGAUGAUGUGCGCCCACCUGUGCCACCCACCUGUGCCCAGCAGUGCUGCCAACCUGUACCCAAGCAGUGCCACCCACCUGUGCCCUGCAGUGCCACCCAGCAUUGCCACCCACCUGUGCUCAGCAGUGCCAUCCAUCCAUGUUGCCCAGCAGUGCCACCAUCAGUGCUGCCCAGCAGUGCCACCUAUCAAUGCAGCAUCAUCAGUGCCAGCUCAUCAGUGCUGCCUAUCAAUG